CUCUCGCGUGUGUUGAUGACGUAAUAAUACAGAGCCCAAAGCUGAGUAACCAUCUUUUUUUUUUUUUUUUAAAUUUGUAGCUAUUUUGAAAGUAAUCCGUGCAAAAUGGCCCUGGAAACAGUUCCUAAGGACCUCCGCCAUUUACGAGCAUGUUUGCUUUGCUCCUUAGUAAAGACUAUUGACCAGUUUGAAUAUGAUGGCUGUGACAACUGCGAGUCCUUCCUUCAGAUGAAAGGGAACAGAGAGAUGGUUUAUGAAUGCACAAGUUCUUCAUUUGAUGGCGUAAUAGCCCAGAUGAGCCCUGAGGACAGCUGGGUAGCAAAAUGGCAGAGAAUAGGCACGUUCAAGCCAGGUGUAUAUGCAGUGUCAGUAACUGGCAGACUACCCCCAGGUGUGGUGAGAGAGCUGAAAAGCAGAGGAGUGAUCUACAAGUCCAGAGAUACAGCAGUCAAGAACUAAUAAUUAAAAUGUUACUCCCAUUUUUACGGCUUCAUUGCUAAGAAGCCAUAUGUCAUUGACAUUUGUAGAAACGGACUAAGAAAAAAAACAACUUUCACAUGUUGGUGAGGUCUUCAGGGAGCAAGCAGAAGCACGUCAAUUGUUGCAGUGGGUUGGAUCAUGUUUUUUUUUUUUUUUUUAAGAUUCCAAAAUAAAGUCCCUCCUAUGUUUUAAAAUGUGGUUGGUAGGUUUAAGUGCCAACAGCAUGGAAUAACCAACAAAUGAGUCUUUUCACACAAAAAAGUUUUUGUCGUACUAAAACUGACCUGUGAGAGGCAGCAUGGUGUCGCAGGAAAUAAAGUCAAAGAACAGUUUUGUACUGAAUCGUGACAGACACAUGCCAACUUUCAACAGCAAGUUUCCUCAGUAUGGCCAGAAUUAAAGUGAGCUGUAGGUCAAUAUACAUUAAGCCUGUCGCUGGGACUCUUUGAGGACCACAAACAUGGGGAUUUGCUAAAUAUCCAAUUUUACCUCAAAACAUUCCACAUUGAGCUCUGAAAGGUAUAAUGUACUACAUUCAGUGACAGUGGAGUAGUAUCCUUAUCCACGGUCUAGCAGAUACCUGUAACCAUAACAGCAGAUUCACUGAUAGGCAUUGAAUCUAUUUCAAUUGCGACGUUGAUCAUUGAGUGAUUGCUGCAAUUGGCAGGGAUGACAUCCCAUCCAAGUUGACUGGUGGACUGGCAGCGAUGGAAUGAAGUAUGAAAAAUAAAGCGUUUUUGCUUUGGGAAACCAAAAUUCAGCAUAUUGUUUUCUUUUGCCAAGAACUAACCCAAUUAUAAGUUUGGUCAGAAUUUGUGCUCAAUGCUUUUCAGAUAUGUUUUCAAUAAA